CCAGGCUGGAGUCUUAACCCUGGGCAAUAGCUAAGCCACAACACACGUCUCUGCUCUUAUUUCGUGUCACAUUUUCUGUAUGCUUUCUGGAGGCUUCUAAACUUAAUGUUUGUAACUGUAUGCGUCUGUAAUUGCAAACAUGGGAUCGUGUAUUUUUAGCAUCUUGUUGUUUUUUGUCUUCGGAUAUUCGAUUGUAGAAUGUAAGGUUAAAUUGGUCACAGUGUUAUAUCGCCAUGGAGACCGUUCACCUGUCAAAGCCUAUCCAACAGACCCAUACCAGGAGAGCGCAUGGCCACAGGGUUUUGGACAGCUUUCUCAGGAAGGUAUGCAGCAGCACUUUGAACUAGGCCAGUUUCUGAGAAAACGCUACACAGGUGUCCUGAGCGAAAACUAUACGCGUUCUGAGAUUGUUGUACGGAGCACAGAUUACGAUCGCACUCUGAUGAGUGCAGCCUCAAAUCUUGCUGGACUUUUCCCACCCAAUGGCUCACAGGUGUUUCAUCCAGGUUUGGCUUGGCAGCCUAUACCAAUACACACAGUCCCCCAAGAUGAGGAAAAGCUGCUGUCAUUUCCUAUUCCAAACUGCCCACGCUACCAAGUGCUGAUGAAUGAAACAGAAAGAACAGAAAUUUUCCUAAAUAUGACCAAGACUUACAAAGAUUUCCUGGAGAUGGUAUGGAAUAAAACUGGGAUGAAGUCAACGUCCCUUGAGAUGAUAUGGAGUAUCUAUGAUACACUUUUCUGUGAGAAGAAGCAUGGCCUGCUCCCUCCAGCCUGGGUGACUCCAGAUGUGAUGAAGACACUGAAGCUGCUGAAAAACUUUAGUUUCCAGAUCAUGUUUGGUGUCUAUAAAAGAGAGGAGAAAUGCCGGCUACAAGGAGGUGUCUUGCUCGAUCAGAUUAUUAAGAACCUAUCGGCUGCUGCCUUUUUAAAUUUAAAUCAGCAGCUGAAGAUGAUCAUGUAUUCUGCGCAUGACACGACCAUUGUAGCGCUUCAGGAGGCACUUAAUGUGUAUAAUGGAUUACAGCCACCAUAUGCUUCCUGCCACAUAUUUGAACUGCAUCAGGAUCAGAAUGGAUCAUACUCUGUGGCAAUGUUUUAUCGUAAUGAUAGCACUGCAACUGAGCCAUACUAUUUAACUUUACCUGGUUGUGCCCGGCUGUGCCCCCUGGAAGACUUCAUUAGACUCACAAAUUCGGUCAUUCCAACAGAUUGGCACAAGGAGUGCCAGAUCAGCUCAUCUUCAAGUGAUAAAGAUGUGAUUUUUGGGCUGGCUGCCUGUGGCUUCAUUCUUCUACUCCUCGUUGCAGUGUUGUUUGUCCUGUUGUGUCGUCAAAGCAAGCUGGUCAUCGGUUAUAGCCACAUUAUCAACCAGAGUGAUCACUCCUGACAGUCAUACCGGCUCCUGAGCAACUCAGAGUUAUCAGACAGCGAGGGCCUAUAAAAAGCCAGUCACACACACACACACGCAGGGACUAUAUACAAACCCGAUUCCAAAAAAGUUGGGACACUGUACAAAUUGUGAAUAAAAACAGAAUGCAAUGAUGUGGAAGUUUCAAAUUUCAAUAUUUUAUUCAGAAUACAACCUAGAGGACAUAUCAAAUUUUUAAAUUGAGAAAAUGUAUCAUUUUAAGGGAAAAAUAAAUGUUGAAAGGAAUGUUGUCCUAUUCUUGUCUAAUACAGGCUUCUAGUUGCUAAACUGUCUUAGGUCUUCUUUGUCGCAUCUUUCUCUUUAUGAUGCGCCAAAUGUUUUCUAUGGGUGAAAGAUCUGGACUGCAGGCUGGCCAUUUCAGUACCCGGAUCCUUCUUAUAUGCAGCCAUGAUGUUGUAAUUUAUGCAGUAUGUGGUCUGGCAUUGUCAUGUUGGAAAAUGCAAGGUCUUCCCUGAAAGAGACGACGUCUGGAUGGGAGCAUAUGUUGUUCUAGAACUUGGAUAUACCUUUCAGCAUUGAUGGUGCCUUUCCAGAUGUGUAAGCUUCCCAUGCCACAUGCACUCAUGCAACCCCAUACCAUCAGAGAUACAGGCUUCUGAACUGAGCGCUAAUAACAUCUUGGGUUUUCCUUGUCCUCUUUAGUCCGGAUGACAUGGCGUCCCAGUUUUCCAAAAAAAUCUUCAAAUUUUGAUUUGUCUGACCGCAGAAAAGUUUUCCACUUUGCGACAGUAUAUUUUAAAUGAGCCUUGGCCCAGAGAAAACAGCUGCACUUCUGGAUCAUGUUUAGAUUUGGCUUCUUUUUUGACCUAUAGAGUUUUAGCCGGCAACGGGAAUGGCAGGGUGGAUUGUGUUCACCGACAAUGUUUUCUGGAAGUAUUCCUCAGCCCAUGUUGUGAUUUCCAUUACAGUAGCAUUCCUGUAUGUGAUGCAGUGCCGUCUAAGGGCCCGAAGAUCACGGACAUCCAGUAUGGUUUUCCGGCCUUGACCCUUCCACACAGAGAUUGUUCCAGAUUCUCUGAAUCUUUGGAUGAUAUUAUGCACUGUAGAUGAUGAUAACUUCAAACUCUUUGCCAUUUUUCUCUGAGAAACUCCUUUCCUGAUUUUGCUCCACUAUUUUUCGCCGCAGCAUUGGGGGAAUUGGUGAUCCUCUGCCCAUCUUGACUUCUGAGAGACACUGCCACUCUGAGAGGCUCUUUUUAUACCCAAUCCUGUUGCCAAUUGACCUAACAAUUUGCAAAUUGGUCCACCAGCUGUUCCUUAUAUGUACAUUUAACUUUUCCCAACUUUUUUGGAACGUGUAGCUCUCAUGAAAUCCAAAAUGGGCGAAUAUUUGGCAUGACAUUUCAAAAUGUCUCACUUGCAAUAUUUGAUAUGUUCUGUAUAUUCUAUUGUGAAUAAAAUAUAAGUUUGUGAGAUUUGUAAAUUAUUGCAUUCCUUUUUUAUUCACAAUUUGUACAGUGUCCCAACUUUUUUGGAAUCGGGUUUGUACAACCAAAUAGGCUAUUAUGGAUAAUUUUUAGUAACCAAAAAAUUACACUUUUAUGUUUUAUAUGAAAAGUGUGAUUUUUUUUAUUGCAGUUUUUGGAAGAAGUAGCAAAUAGAAUAAUUUUCCUUGUAUACUGAUUUUUCCUGAUUUUCUUAUUAAAUAAUUCUUAGACAUUUUCAUGACAGCUACAGUGCCUUGCAAGUAUUCAUACCCACUGAACUUUUCCACAUUUUAUCACGUUACAACCACAAACAAAAAUGUAUUUUAUUGGGAUUUAAUAUGACAUGAAUAUAACAUAAAGUGGCACAUAAUUGUUAAGUGGAAGGAAAAUCAUAACUGGUGUUGAAAUAUUUUACAAAUAAAUAUCUGAAAAAAGUGGCAUGUAUUUGUAUUCAGUCCCCUUUACUCUGAUAACUCUAACUAAUAUCCUGUGGAACCAAUUGCCUUCAGAAUUCACCUAAUUAGUAAAUAGAGUCCACCUGUGUGUAAUUUAAUCUCAGUGUAGGUACACCUGUUCUGUGAAACCCUCAGAGGUUUGUUACAGAACAUUAGUGAACAAACAGCAUCAUGAAGACCAAGGAACACACCAGACAAGUUAGGGAUAAAAUUGUGGAGAGGUUUAACUCAGGUGUAGGUUAUGAAACAAUAUCCCAAGCCUGGAACAUCUCACAGAGCACUGUACAAACAUCUGAAAAUAGAAAAACUUCAAACCUAACAAGACAUUGCCAUACACCUAAACUGACAGGCUGGGCAAGGAGGGCAUUAAUCAGAGAAGCAGCAAAGAGGCCUAUGGUACCUUUGGAGGAUACUAGAAAAUUGCUGUUCACAGACACUCUCUAUCCAAUCUGACUGAGCUUGAGUAAAAAUUUCACUCUAGAUGUGCAAAGCUGGUAGAGACAGCCCAAAAGACUUGCAGCUGUAAUUGCAGUGAAUGGUGGUUCUACAAAGUAUGGAUUUGGGGGAGGGCUAAAUACAAAUGCACACCACACUUUUCAAAUAUUUGUAAAAAAAUUUGGACAAUGUUUAUAAUUUUUUUCUUCCACUUCACAAUUAUGUGGCACUUUGUGUUGGCCUAUUACAUAAAAUCCCAAUAAAAUACAUUUUUGUCUGUGGUUGUAAUGUGACAGAAUGUGGAAAAUUUCAGUGGGUAUGAAUACUUUUGCAAGGCACUGUAUCAACCAUGGAGGGUGAAGUCUAUCACAUGCUUCCUCUAGGCUUGUAAAGCCAGCUACUACCUCUGUACAAACUGAUACUUUUGCAAGUUCACAGAUACCCUGUCUGUUAGAGCCCUCAUUAUUUCUCUUCUUGAUCUAUUACACUAACGUGGCUACAAGUUUUUAUUGUUUUGAAAGAGCACUUGAUGUCUGGCCAGAUUUAACUUCUAUGACUGUUUACAUCCUCUCAUUAUCCUCUCAUUUUUCUCUCUAAAUAUUGUGUAGUAAUUGCACUGUGGGUCAGAUAUUUUGCUGUUUAAACAAAUUUGAUCAGGAAAAACUGUCCUUGUAUAAUGAAAAUACCAUUUUAGGCCACAUAUACAGACAUGGUUUUGGUAGAUUUUACACAUUAAAAAUGAAGCCCUGACUGUGUUGUCCCCACAUAUGGUUCACAAACCUACCAUUAACAAUCUCCAAGGUUGAUCAUAAUUAAGUGUAUUUUCAAGCUAAACAGCAUUGUAAGUACAGAUGAUUUUGUAUAUUUAUAAAUGUUUGGUGAUCAGAAUGUGAAUUUUAAACUGGUUUUCUGAAGACCAGUAAUUGUUAGGUCAAUGGGAUCAAUUGCAAUCUAUAACAUUAGUCCUCUUUUGAUUUUCAUUGCAUUUUGAUUUAAACUUUUAAAUGCCAGUUGCUUUGUAAAUAAAUCAUUCAAAUAAAAAUUUGAAAUAAUCAAAGCC